AAACCAUUACACACCAAGACAUUAACCAUGAUUCCUUUGGUGUAUGUUCUUGCUUUUGUACUCCUACUCUUAUUUAUCCUCAAAACACUCUACUUUAACCCCCCUACCACCAAUAAGAACCUACCACCUUCACCACCAACACUGCCGGUGAUCGGCAACCUCCACCAGCUCGGCCCACUGAUACACCACUCCCUCCAUUCUUUAUCCCAGAAGCUCGGUGGACCACUCAUGCUAAUCCAUGUGGGCUCAGUCCCAACCCUUGUGGUCUCAUCAGCCGAAGCAGCCAGUGAGAUAAUGAAGACCCAAGAUAUCAAAUUUGCCAACAGACCCAACGUGAAAAUGUGGAAGAUACUCUUUCGCGAGCUGAAAGAAGUGACGGUGGCGCCUUAUGGCGAGUACUGGCGGCAGGUGAAGAGCAUCAUGACGCUCCAUUUAUUGAGCAAUAAAAAGGUUGAAGAUAAUCGCGAUAUUAGGGAAGAAGAGAUCGCGGCUGCGGUUGAGAAAAUCAACAAGUUGUCUAGUAGAUCAGAGCCGGUGGAUAUGCGUGAGUUGUUCGAGACGUUUACGAGUGAUGUGGUGUGUAGAGUGACGUUUGGAAGGAAGUAUAGUGAAGGAGAGAGUGGGAAGAAGUUUAAGAAGAUGUUGGAUGAGUUUUUUGAGGUGUUGGGUGCUCUUAAUUUGGAGGAUUGUAUUCCUCAGCUUGCAUGGGUGGAUAGGUUGAGAGGGUUUAAUGUUAAAGUUGAGAGGGUUGCUAAUGACUUCGAUGAGGUCUUGGAUGAGGUGGUGGAGGAGCGGCUGAGGAUUCUAUCGACUGAGGGUGGUGAUGGAAUUAGAGAAGACUUUGUUGGUAUGCUGCUCAAGGUCCAAAAGGAUGACAAGAUUGGAGUGACACUCGACAGGCAGGUCAUCAAAGCCUUGCUAAUGGAUGCUUAUGUUGCUGGAACAGACACAUCGUCAACACUAUUGGAAUGGGCAUUUGCAGAACUUCUUAAACACCCUAGCAUACUAAAGAAAGUACAAGAUGAAGUAAGGACGGUUCUUAAGGGUAAGCAAGUAAUAAACCAAGAUGACAUAACUAACAUGAAGUACUUGAAAGCUGUAAUGAAAGAAGCUCUUCGUCUUCACCCGCCACUCCCAACUCUAGUUCCUCGAGUAGCGAGACAAGAUGCUAAAGUCAUGGGCUAUGACGUUGCAAAAGGAACUAGGGUUAUCAUUAACGCAUGGACCAUUGCAAGAGAUCCUAAAGUAUGGGAUGAUCCUAAUGAGUUUCGACCUGAGAGGUUUUUAGAUUCUAGUAUUGAUUUCAAAGGCCGUGACUUUAGUUUGAUUCCAUUUGGUUCCGGAAGGAGGGGAUGCCCAGGGGUUGCUUUUGCAAUGACGACGAAUGAGAGUAUGUUGGCUAAUCUUUUGUACAAUUUUGAUUGGGCGUUGCCGAAUGGAGGAAAAGAAGAUGAUCUAGAUAUGACCGAACAAAUUGGUUUUACGGUCCGUAAAAAUACUCCUCUUUUGGUUACUGCGAAGCCAUUUUCUGUUUAACCCAUGUAUUAUAUGUACCUAAGCAUCUGAAGUGAUCAUUGAUUCACUGUUUACGAGAUUUGCAUCAUCAAAUUUCAAUUACAUAUAGUUGAUGUGGAAUAAGAAAACUUAAAGUUUACGUGGAAUAAUAAAAUAUAGUGUUGUCACUAAGAAAUAUUUGUAUACCCAAUUACUACAUGAUAAAAUUGUUCUUAAUUAGUGAA